CAAUACAAAGAGACUUACCGCUUGGAUCCGAGUUAGUUAAUAGUAUUUAAAUGAGUUCAAAAAAAGAGUGUCUUCUUUCUUACUUAAAGUGGUUUUCACUUGAGUGCAGAAACUAAUUCGCAUUUUCUUUGGCUUAAAAGCUCGCUCCACUCUAUAAGCCAAUUACGCCUCUAAUCAAUCGUGAUUCGCUCGCGCUCGUUGUCCCGCGCUUGGCGUCAGCUACGUGCAUGUACUUACCUUAAGUUUUGAUUGAUUUACUGGGUUGUCUGUGUCCUUGGUGAUUGGCAGACUUGUGUGUGACAGUGAGUGCUGCUUCAACCGGGCCACUUGACUUCAUAGACUUGCUAAACAAGACUUUCCUAGAUCACCGUUUUUUUUUCAGGCGAGUUGAUCCUUCGCCCGAAAGCAGCGUGACAAAGUCGAGAAUCAGUCGUGUGUUUAUAUGUCUUUUUCCUCGGUGCCGGGUGCUUGCCAAACUUGAAAAAUUGACAGCUAGUCAGAAUACCAUUUUUUCCUUGAACAAGAGAACACAAUUGCAACGUCAUCACAUCUGUUAAACGAAGGGAAAUGAACCGACAAACAGAAUAUCUGAAAUAAGUAUUUUUUCUGAACUUCACUGCACUUUAAGUCAAGGGGGUUUGACCUGAGCUACCGGGAUAUCUAUAAUCAGCACAUAUGUCAGUCCACUAUUAAAACUCGAGCAAAACAAGUCGAAAUGACCAGUCAAUCAAACGCUCAUUUGACAAAAGUCAGUUUGGGGAUAAAUUUCAUUUUGGGUCAAGGGACAUCAUAAUCGCGUGAGCAGAUGGUUGGGAUGCGAGAUUCAUUCGCGGAAAGUCAAUUUGUCCCGGCGGCGAUAAUUGAGUAUAUUUUCAUCCAUAAAAGAGGGCACCAAAUUUCCUACUUUCCGGAUCACUUGCUUGGCCAUUAAAAUCUCCAUUAUCUGAAUGUCAUAAGUGAGACUGGUUUAUACCAGAUCUGUUAGCCAAUGGGAACUGCAGUUUACUGUCGAGCUUUUGAAAACGCCACUUAUCAAGCGUGUCGCUUUCGACGGUGUUUGUUUAAAGUUCUUAAAAGGCCAAAAAUGGAAAUUUCUCAGUCAAUUUGCUGUUCUUACAGACCGGAUUUGUCUGCUUCAAGCGGAAUACUUAGAAAAGGACUAGAUAACUAAAGCAAUGAAUAACAAGGGAUCGGAGGCUUUGUUCCAGGCCAGCUCGACUUGCAAACUUCGACUAGUGCGCAUGCUUGUGGAAGGUGGAACUUCGGUUAAUGUUCGUAACGAAGGACUCGAGACGCCCCUAAUGCUGUGCUGCCAGGCUAAAACUGACAUGAACGACGAGAAAGGCCGUGUCGUUAAUUAUUUACUCAGUAAACAAGCGAAGGUAAACUUGCAAGAUAUCUACGGCCGCACGGCUCUUAUUUACGCUUGCAUGUCAAAUUCUGGCAAGGAAAUCGUCAAGGCUUUAUUGGACGCGAAGUCCAACCCGUGGAUAGAGGAUGAAAGCAAAAAUACAGUGUUUGAUUAUGUAAUGAACGCAGAGGAUUUGGAGACCACAAGACUUCUUAUUAACGCCUGUCGUGAAAGCAUGCUUGCUGAUGCUCGUGAUAAUAAUGAAGUGAAGCAACUGGAAGAAUGUCUGGCCAAUAUCCAGGAUAUACGAAAAUUCUCCUGGCCGCUAACGGGUCCCAGAAUCCGGAGGAAUCAUUCUUACUUAUACGCCGCUGAAAAGGAGGAUCCAUCCAUCCCUAGUGCCAAUCUCUUGGGAGCAAAUUUGAGCAGCGAUGGUGAAGCAGCUCAACCCGAGCGCCGAAGGAAAAGAUCUGUGUGCCACUUUGAUCCCUUAGAUAUUGAAAAGAUAUUACACUGCACAGAAGAGGCUGGAACAAACUCUACAAACACAGAGGGAAAGCAAGAUGAUAAGAGUGAAUCAGAGGCGAAAAGAAAAACUUCCGUUCGGUCACUAUCAGAGGAAGAGAGGUUUAGCUUUCAGAUCUCUGAUGCUGAGAAUGCGGCACCACGUGACCCGUCUUCUGGGCUCGAGAAGCUUCUUAAGCUACAGGAUUCAUUUUGUUCCUCCGUCGAUUCAAACGAAUUUCUGUACUCUAAUGAUUCGCGCAGGAAUUCAGAGGACCCAAAUCAUAGCUCUUCAGAAAAACAACAAAUUAGUGACGAAGCAAACUCAAUGCAAGGGAGAAAAAGUGUUGUUAGUUUUGACGCGGUAGAAAAGACAAUGGAGAUCAAAUCUGGUGACUACAACGAAUCUCAUGAUUGCGGGAAGGAAAGGAUGGCGGAACAUGUUAGUACCUAUAUACGUCACGAAACACGAGAAGCUGUCAAUAAUAACGAAGAUCAAGACAUAGGUGAAGAGGACAGAAAUCGAGAACGACUCUUUACGUUUCGAGUUUCCUCUGUAGCAGUGAGCAAAAGCGAAAGCUAUACCACAGUUUCGGAAAGUUCAAUUCAAAGACAUGUGGUUAUCAACUCCGCCAUAGAUAAACAAUUUACGGAAGCCACAGAAAACAGGUCCAACCGGAUUAUAUCACCAGUGACUAGUCAACAGUCAUCACCCGUUAUGAGCCCCUUUGCAUCUCCUCAAGUGACUCGCCGUCAAACACAUACGUCAAAUGCAUUGAAACAAAGUCCCCGAGCCUCCCCUGUGCCAACAUCUGAGAACAAUCGACUAGAGGGGGUGCCCAUUGUGCGACGAUACACUCUAUCGGCGUUGGACAUGGGAAAGUUUCAGACUUCAGGUAUCAAGACCCUGUUGGUGCCAUUGAAGCAUUCUACAGCUGCAGAAACUGACGCGCGGAGAGGGUCAGCCGUAUCGGAAUCUACAAGCAGAGGAGGCACUGGUGGGAACUUUACCCCUCCCGGGCUUAGAAAGAGCAAGAGUGACCUGACAGACCGGACCUCCAUGUCACACAGUCUUCAAGGAAAAGACUUCUUAGAGACAGGUCCAAAAUUUGGGCAAGGUAUACCAGGUCUCCAGCAGUUAAAUGAUCACAGUAAAGAAAGAAACGAUGUCACCGAGUUCCAGUUACCAAGUAUAUCUUCGACAAAGAAAGGAAGGCGUUCUCCGAAUAACUUCACUCAACCAAUUACGAUUAUUAAUCCAUCUGUGGAAAUCAAAUCCCUAAAUGCAGAUCCCAGGAUAGAAUUAUCCUUACCCUGGAGAAAUAACGGCGAAAAACCACGCUUCCAUCUGGCUAAUCAGGAUUUUUCUUUAGAGGAGCAAAAACCAUCUUCAAGUCCUGGUCGUACUUCGUUACCAUCACCACCAAAGGACCUCUCAAUCUCCUCUCCAAGCAGCCCCUGCGAUGUAAUUGCUUUAGCAAAAGUGGCUGACCUCUCCCCGAGGGGUUCGGAUAACACAUCCGGAGAGGUCCUUCCAGAUCUUCUUUUUAACUCCCUUACUAAAUUACCAUACGGCGAAGAUAGCGGCCCCAAGCAGGGAGGAAGCUCUGUAGUGACCCCUCAAAAUAGUGCCCACCGCAGACUGCGCCCCGGAACUCUGCUACCACCGCUGAACCUUUCUAAUAGGCGAUCGCCGACGCAUGACCUGGAGGAUGGGUAUUUCUCGGGAUCACCUUCGCCAGCGGACGUAGAGAGUCCAAGGAGAAAGUCAAGCAAUGAACAACAACGGUAUUCAUUUAGGCCGAUAUCUCCUCGUUCCCCCAUUCGCUCACCAAAGUCGCUAAACCCACACCCAGGAAAACCGCCUCAAUCUCGUUAGUGUAGA